AAAAGCGCUGCGAAGGUUCAGCCGGGCAGUCAAAUGUCAGUGAGUGUGGUCAAAGUGUCUCUGGGAAAUUUUAAUAAUUUUCGCAAAAUAAGUGCAUUAACUAACAAAAAUGUAUCAACACCAUAUAACCAGAGUGCUCUUGGAUAUAAUGUGAUGAAAUAUUGAUUGAAAUACUGGUGAGAAACGGUGCAACUUUGGCUCUAAGAAGUCGCCUACACGAAUUCUAGAGACAGACAGACCUCCAAGAGAGAAUAUUGUUAUCAGAUUGAUUGGCCGCCUGCUUUGGACUUUUUGCACGUAGUUUUCUCACAUAAAUCUGAGCUCCAGAGGUGGUGAUUUAGUGGUGAAAGAGGAAACCUAUCGCGACUGCGAGCACAGGAAACAUGGCUCAUUCCGAAGAGAACGACAGUCUCUCGCCGGCGGACGAGACAAAUAUCUUCAUUAAUGCUGCCGAUGGUUUACCAAAUCAGCACCCUAUUCAGCAUAUAGACUCAGAUGAGGACCAUGAGUCUACUGAUGCGGACACACUUGACGAUCUGCCCACGUCUAUCAUUGUUACCAACAUUCACUCCGAGGUGUUUACAAAUGAAGAGCUAAAGACAGAUAUGGAGAAUCUGUUCCGUACUUUCUCCGAUUCUGUCACAUUUUACUGGCUUAAGAGCUUCAAAAGACUCCGCGUGAACUUCGACUCUGCUUUGGCGGCGGCAAGUGCACGUCUACAGCUGCAUCAGUACCAAUUUUCAAAAUCUGUAAUCAGCUGCUACUUCGCCCAGCCUGUGACUCCAGUGUCUCACAAGAAUUUGCAGCCGCCGGCUCCGGUGAAACAGUUCCUCAUAUCUCCUCCUGCCAGUCCACCAGCUGGCUGGGAACCACGCGAGGAGAACGAACCACUCGUCAACCACGACUUGCUUGCCGCCCUAGCCAACCUUACACCUGGCGAGAGCCAUGAAGUGCACCCGUCUACUGAGAGUCAACCGGCCAUCAUUGUUCACACGGCACUCAUGGCGGCUGCUGAUGUACCGGCAGACGAGACUCCUAAGCUAAAAAUCAUCCAAACAAAGUGUCCAGAGAGGCAAUCGUAAAUCAGUAGCCAAGG